AUGCCUGAAUACGCUUCUAUCGAAACAACUUUGGCUUCUAUAGCUGCGAGCUCUCAAACUAUCGAGCUUCUUCGGGACCUUCACAAGCAAGCUCUCGACGAACCGCCCUAUGUCAGCACAGAUGGGCCUGCCUCUACCGCACUUGAUAAGUUUGUCGCAUUGGACCCUGAUAAGUGUGCCUACGUAUAUCUCCUUCUGCGAUCUAUGAAGGCACGUUUCGUUGUCGAAGCUGGGACAUCAUUCGGUGUUAGCACCAUCUACCUAGCUCUGGCAGUUUCUCAGAAUGCUGGCUCGCAGCCAGGUAAGGUCAUUGCAACUGAGAAUGAACCUACCAAGGCUGUCAAAGCUCGCAAGUACUGGAGUCAAGCUGGUGAUGAUAUUGAGAAGUUUAUUGAAUUACGAGAGGGAGAUUUGCGAGAGACGCUCAAGACCGACCUACCAGAACAAGUGGAUUUCCUACUCCUAGACAUCUGGACCCCUCUGGCUCUGCCUACGCUCAAGCUCGUCAAGCCGCGGAUGAAGCCAGGUGCUACAGUAGUUGCUGAUAACACUGAGGCUGCCAAAGCAGGUUACAAAGACCUGAUGGCUUAUCUAGAGGACACUGCCAAUGGCUUCAAGCUAACUACGCUUCCGUAUUCUGGAGGCCUUUUAGUUGCUGUGUACCUUGGAAACUAG